AGCUCCUCUCCUUUGCCACUGGCUCGUGUCGUCUUCGUCAAGUGAAGCAGCCCUGCAGGAGGUGUCAGUGCUUUUUAGUUUUAGUUUAGUUUAGCUGGUAGGCUGUCCUCUCAGGUCAGUUUAUAACUCACGGUGAGCUCGAGAAGAGCGGCAGAAACAUGGAAGAGACGGGCGGCGCAAGUGCGUACGGGGCUUCGCUCGCUGGAGGAGGCUUCGACAUUUAUAAGUUUAUCCGACAGCCGCAAACUAUCGUGCGGGUACUCAGCUGGAUAUUUGCCUUGGUGGUGUUUGCCUGCAUCACAACAGAAGGAUACAUCAACGCUGCCCACAGUGCAGACGCCAAGUGCAUCUUCAACCAGAAUGACUCAGCUUGUCAGUACGCUGUUGGCAUCGGUGUGAUUGCCUUCCUGGCUUGUGUGGGCUUUUUGGUGUUGGAUGUUUACUUGCCUUUCAUGAGCAAUGCACAGGAAAGGAAGUAUGCUGUCAUGGCUGACCUGGGAUUCUCAGGGGCGUGGACCUUCCUGUGGUUUGUGUGCUUCUGCCUGUUGGCCAGUCAGUGGGGUCGCACUCAUGAUGUCAGGGGUAUCCCUCAGGACGCCGCACGUGCCACAGUGGCCUUCUCAUUCUUCUCUAUCGCCACCUGGGGAAUCCUAGCCUACUAUGCCCUGGGUCGUUUCCGCCGCGGUGUAAAUGAAGUUACCAUCCCAACCUACACAGAGCCGCCACCGGAUCACCACAGUCCUUACCCUCCAACCUAUGCCCCCACCUCUUACAACCCUACCACCUACACCCCUACCACUUACACAGCCUAUCCCAGCAGUGUUCCUGACAUGCACCAACAGCCUCCCUUCACCGCGAACCCCCAGCCACAAGGAGACGUCGGCUACCAGCCGCCCAGCUACUGAGACAAAGGGAGCUCACACAGACGAGGUGGUGUCCCUGGUCAUCUGUUGAUAGAGCGAUUGGAGUUGCACUGCACAGACACAGAGCUAUAUCAUAUUGAUGUGGUUUGACAUUUGAUUAAACUGAGCAGUGCAACUGCAAGUUAGAGAUGAGGGACACAGCAGUUUACUUCACAGGGUCUGCGGUCAGGUUUUAAGACAUCAGGCUGAGUGCUUAGAUUAGUGCUGAUGAUUGGGUAAUCUGACCUUAGACCACUGUGCAAAGAUGCAACUUUUACCUCACAUGGGCUGAUCCUGAAGCAGAGAAUUAGGUAGAAUGUACCCAGGGGGUCAAAGGUCACAUAUUAUGUGACGCUAUGAAGCUCCAAUCAGAGUGGAAGAGACAACACAGAAUGUCUCUCUUUACUCGCUAUUGGAACCUGAGAAUGUGCAUUUGUAUAUAGAUUUCACUAUGCAAAGCUGCCAUUUUUAUGGUUGCAUGUGCCUGAUUUCUUUUCUUAUUUGGUUUAGUGGGUUUACCCCUUCAGUUAUCAUGAGGACCUAUAUACAGUUUAGGAUAUAUUAAAUUAAAUGUUAUUUGGGAGUAGUGUGCAUUUGGGAAAAGACCACUAGAAAGCCAAAUAUCCCUCCGUGAUUGAGUUAUGUUUUGUGACAUGUGGGCUAUGUAGAGAUUAUGGAGUUAGGCUUGAUAGCCAUAUAACCAUGAAAUCACCAUUGGAAAAAAGUUUUCAGGGUCAAGCAGUCUUUGUGCUCCUGUGUUCACCAUCUCAACUAGUGAUGUUUUUAAGACCACUUUAUUCCAAUGAAAAAAAACAAAGACCAUCCAUUUACUGAACUCUGACCAUGGCAAAUGUAACAUACUUGUGUUGGUAAAAGUGGGUUAAAUGUGCCAAAUACAGUAAUAGAGGUGUUAAUUGGGCAUUCAUAGUCAGUGUUGCCCUUUCAACUUGUAGCUAACAUCCUGAUAGACAGGAGGGAGGGGAAUGCAGAUAAAUGCACUUAUUGAACAGGUUUAUCUGCUGAGCAUGCCCUCAUUUAGAAGAGUAACUUAUUAACCAACAGCUUCCUCUUCAAUCCGUCAACAGAGAGACCUCGCACUUCCUCCAAGGUCUUCCUGACAUUUAGUUUUUAGAACACUGAUGUUUAUCUCCUGUUUACAGGAUUCUCAAUUUAAGCCGUUGAAGGCAGACUGCAGCCUGUGUGUCUUUACACAUGGCAGAUUAACACCUCAGCCUGCAAUGGUGAGAAUCAAACACCUGUCUUUAGAGAAGCUACUGGUUUACUUUGUUGCUUUGUGCCCGCCAGUGAUAUAUUUGUCAGUUUAACACCCCAGCUGCCUAGCUGUUGUAGCUUGGUUAAUGAGACAGUCAGAAGUUGGCCUGAGGUCAGUUUUUUUUUUUUUCAUUGUUUCAAGGUCGUUGCGGGGGUGUAGGCUGACUUUUGAUCAGUGAAUGAUAUACCAGAAAUUGAAUGUGGUUAUAUUUAUUGAACACGACGCUGUGAAUGGUACUACAUUGGAGACAUUAAUAAUGGUGAAAAAAUAUUGUUGAUCAUGUUGUUUGACCUUUAGAAGAAAACGUGCGUAACUUACUGAACCCAAAUACACUGGUCAUGAUUUUUCAUUUGUGCCUUAAGGAGGGAAAUUGAUGUUGAAAGGUUUUAGGGGUAAAGGAAAAUGAGUGAGAGUAAAAUGUGUGUUAUAUUUAGGAUAAACAGCUGUGUAUCACAGCUGCCCUCACUGCUGCGCUUGAGUGAUUUCUGCUCAUUUUCAUGCUCUGGAAAAUCAGUUAAAUCUGUUCCUCAAUGAACACUUAAAAUCUGUGUAUUCAUAAAACAGUGAAGACUAUAGUAUGUCAUAAUUACCCAGCUUGAAUAAUUCAUAGAUAAGAUAGUGGAUUUCUAAAUUUGUGCCUUUAGACUUGAUGUCUCCAGCUUCUCCCUAUAGUGUUGUAAUAGUAACAUGAGGCUAAAAUUUGACAUGUAUUGUUGAUUUAAUGUAUAUUUAAAGUGAGAAGUAGCCCACAUUGAAAUUAUAACUGCUCAAGUUUUGCAACAUUAAUUAGCUUGAUAUCUUGUUAGAUUCAAAUUUACUUCAAGGUUCAUGUUUUAGAUGUGAGGAGACUAUAAUGAUUUCUGUAAAAUAAUUUGAUUAUGAUUUAAUGCCUACUUCAAAUGUUUUAAGACUGGCAGAAAACACUGGCCAGAUCUUGUGCAGCUUAAUUUGUUUUUCAAUUGUGUUUCCAGGUAUGUUUUUGUCAUCACUGAAGUUGUGAAGUUGCCAUAUGCCCUUUUGUUUUCAUCUUAUGUCAUGGUGUCAGAAGCACAACAGUGAUUUACUUGAGACUUUACAGAAUAAAAUCAUUCACAGGA